AACCGCUUCGAUCUUCGAAGCAGCGAAAAUCGCUGCAAAAACAAAUUUCGUCUCCCGCAUUUAUCGUUUCGAUUCGUCCCUCUUCCGCUUUACGAAUACGAGACUGGGAAUGAUCGACGGACAUAUUUUCCGCAUUCCAAAAUACCGUCCGAAGUAAUCCGAAAUAAACGAGACCUGCCGACAACUGAAACGACGAUCGGUGGCCCUGAGACACUGCUUCAAAAAUGCUGAUGCUCUACAAAAUGAAAUUUCAUACUCCCUCGCGCCCGUCUGACUUUCGUCAUCGGGUAUUUCGACUCCGAAUUAAAAUACCAUUCCGUACGCUGCUACGAUGGGUAUUGAACUGCGUGUCACUAUCGUUUUAACGCUUCCAAACUUCCGAUUGAUUAUAAAAUUCGACUUAUCUUACUCUAUUUCCCUCUGAAAGUGAACAAUAUCUUGGAUCCUCGACGCUGCCCACGGUACCGGUUUUAAACAACAAGUUGCAGAUCUCGUACCGGAAUAGUGCCGGAGCCCAGUGAACGGAAAAUCAGCAACUUGGAAAUAAUUGACCGAAGUAAAAAGGCUCUCGAUAGCGUCGAUCGUCCGUGGAGAAAGGAGUGCAAGAGAGAACAUCACCGAAGUUAUAAAACGUAACCGACCCCAAAUCGAAGGGAAACAUAAAAUGGAUCAGGUUUGACUGUCAUCGUUGGUGUUGCACGCGUACCGAGGGAUGACGAGCGAAGCCCGAACCGAUUAUUUUCGAAUGCAAUGCUCAUCUCCGGGUUCUUUGCUUCACUGAUAACGAUCGGGAUCGUCGGCUCGUCGCGGUAACCGCGAGUAAGAGGAAGGGAGUGAGAAAGACGAAAGAAAGCGUGAAAUUGGUGAUAAGGAAAAGCGCCGAAAGCGGUAACAAUGGCAGCGUUUCAGAGAGCGGUUGUGCUGAACCUGCCGAAGGCUCAAUCGAUCGACAUCGAGUUCUCGAAGGUCGUUUACGAUGUGACAGUCGGUUUUCGAGGUCCGACCAAGACAAUUCUCAAAGGUGUAAGCGGUUGUUUCAAAUCGGGCGAGCUUACAGCAAUAAUGGGACCAUCGGGAGCCGGAAAGUCGUCGCUGUUAAACAUCCUGACGGGUUUUCAAGAGAGCAAUAUAACGGGCAGCAUAAACUAUUUGGGAAGCGAGGGGAAGCAGGGUUGGCACGUGUACAGGAAGGAAUCGUGUUACAUCCAGCAGGACGAUCAGCUCCAUCCCUUGUUCACGGUGAUGGAAGUGAUGACAAUGGCGGCUGACCUGAAGCUCGGGAACAGCCUUAACCGCAAGGCCAAGGACAUGGUGAUAGCGGACGUUCUCGAGACGCUGGAUUUGACGAAGGCGAAAGACACUCGGUGCGACAGGUUGAGCGGCGGCCAGAAGAAGCGACUGAGCAUAGCCCUGGAGCUCGUGGACAAUCCGCCGGUGAUGUUCCUCGACGAGCCGACGACGGGGCUCGACUCGUCCUCCUCCCUCCAGUGCAUCGCGAUGCUCCAGGGUUUGGCCAGGGGCGGCCGAACGAUCGUUUGUACGAUUCACCAACCGAGCGCAGCGAUCUACGAAAUGUUCGAUCACGUCUACCUCCUCGCGGAAGGUCACUGCCUCUUUCAAGGAGCGGCCACGAGCACGGUCUCGUAUCUGAGCAGCGUCGGCCUCGUGUGCCCGCAGUACCACAACCCGGCCGACUACAUGAUCGAAGUCGUCAGCAAAGAAUACGGCAACUUCAACGAGCAGUUGGCUCUCGCGGCUGCUGACCCGCGCUCGUGGAGGUCAACGAGUCCCAUUAAAACUCAGAUGUACGCAGCGGUUAAUGGCGCUAAUCGAGGAGUCGAGAACUACGGGGGUCAAGGGAAAGCGACCGUUCUCAUAAACCCACCGUCCGAGUUCACCAGAUUUUGGGUGCUGCUCAACCGCUGCAUGGUACAAUUGUACCGGGACUGGACCAUCACUCAUCUCAAACUCAUUCUUCAUUUCCUCGUCGGCAUACUCCUGGGACUGCUCUUCGUCGACGCCGGCAACGAUGGCUCCAAAACUAUAAAUAACGUUGGCUUCCUUCUCGUCUCGGUCGUUUACCUCUGCUAUACGAGUAUGAUGCCCGCGGUGCUUCGAUUCCCCUCAGAAUUGCCGGUCAUAAAGAAGGAGAAGUUCAACAACUGGUACCAGCUGAGGACUUAUUACUUGGCUUUCCUCGUUGCCAAUUCUCCCGUCCAAAUGCUAUUCGCAGUCGUCUACAGCUCGGUGUCGUACUUCCUGAGCAGCCAGCCCCUCGAUUGGCACAGAUUUCUCAUGUUCCUCGCAAUGGCGGUACUCACGACCUUCAUCGCGGAAAGCGUCGGCCUCGUUAUCGGGACCAUCGUCAAUCCUGUAAACGGCACUUUCUUCGGGGCCAUCGCAACCGCCGGGAUGUUAGCUUUCGCCGGCUUUCUCGCGCUCUUCGAUCACAUGCCAGUUUUCAUGUACUACAUCAGCUACUUCAGCUACCUGCGGUACGCCCUCGACGGCCUCGUCCAGGCGAUCUACGGAUUCAACAGGGAGAAGCUUCCCUGCCCGAAGAGCGAGAUGUACUGCCACUACAGAACGCCGGAAACGCUCCUGACCGAGCUGGCAAUGACCGACGGCAAGUACUGGGUCGACGCACUCGUGCUACUCAUGAAUUUCCUCGUGCUCAGAGUCGUCGGGUACUGCACGCUCAAGAGAAAACUCGCGAGUACUUAAGCCGGCUACGAGCCGUGGUUAUUGCCCAGCAUUUUUUAUUAUUGCUUGAACAACGUAACUCGGAAAUUCCUUGACAGCCGGACUCAAUUUGUUAGCUGAAAUUGUGAUCGUGUGCUUUAAAAAAAUUGUGUGUGAAGGACAGGAACGCCCGGGCCGGUUGUGGCCACGGCCGUGACAUUUUGCAUGGCGAUUCGACGUCACCGUUCAAAAGACUGAAACUGUGGCGAAAAACCUGAAUAACGAAUCCCACGAGAUUUUUCGAUUUCGCGUCGGCCCGCAAACCUUGCUCACUCGGCGAGCCACCGGGAAGAGUCGGAAUCUCAAAUGAGCGCUGCAACGUUCCGCGAUAUUUGACCAGAGUGUCCGUCUCUUCUCAAUAUCCGUCGCGUCCCAAGUUUUUCUUCUCCGCUGCCCUUUUCCUCGCCAAUUAUGUAGAGAUAUCUGUAAAAUACACAAGUAUAUUGUAAGGGCGAGAUGCACGAUUUUUUACGUUUCAAACCUCGUGCCAAUGCUCGCGAUAACUUAUUCAUCAAUGCCAAUGCAAAAGAUUUUUACGAUACUUGUUUUUUUAACUGCGCAGUUAUUCGUCAGGCCCGAAACCGAGAGUUGCUGCUGAAUUUUUAAUCCGUUGACACGACACUCGCUUCGAGGUCACGCACUGACCACACUGGUGCAAAUUUAUACACUUGGACUUUUCAAAACCUUUUAUUUCAUGCACGAAUUUAUGGAAUCAAUCUUAGGAGACUUUUUAGGGGUAACGAUUCCUUAGUAAUCGAUUACGAUCAUUGAAAAAGUCAUUGAAAAAUCAAGUUUUGUUAUAGAAAAAUAAUAAAAUUGAAGAGAGGGGCUUUGAAAACCUAUUUUUUUCAAUUUCCGCGGGUGCAAAUUUGCACCAGUCUGGCGUCUGUUAAAACUGACCUCGUGUUGUUUCGUAACGACCAAUAAAUUUCGUCCUUUGCAAUGGAAUUGAGACGCGGAGGAAUGGAGCAGUCUCGUUUCUGCGCGCUGAACAAGCACUGGGAGAACUUUGUUUCUCGAUGCGUCGAUUCUUCGAUAGAUUCGUGGCUUGUAAAACUUGCGGGUACUCAUCACUUAGGAUAAACAUCGAAAGAUGCUAUGGUAUAACGAGAAUGUAGAUACAAUUUGUAGAAUAACUUUUCGAAAUAAAGGUGAUUUCUUCGUUCCUAA